AACAAUUAAAACACUAGCAAUUAAGCUAGAGCAACAAUUACAACUAGCCACCAGCCAGUAGUAAUUAACAGUUGUUUGUAACUGGGUUGAUUUGAGUGUGUGAUACGUACAUAAAUUUGUAAACAUGCAGAUCGCUGGUCAAUUCCCUCACCUCACUCUUGCAUUUGGCCUCAUGGGCAAUAUUGUCUCCUUCAUGGUGUUCCUUUCACCAAUGCCAACGUUCUACAAAGUUUACAAGAAGAAAUCGACGGAAGGGUUUCAAUCGAUACCGUAUGUGAUUGGAUUGUUUAGUGCAAUGCUUUGGAUCUACUAUGCAUUGCUAAAGGGCAAUGCCAUGCUUCUAAUUACCAUCAACUCUGUUGGGAUCUUCAUUCAAACCUUUUAUCUUUGUGUUUUUGUCUUCUAUGCACCAAAGAAGGCCAGGAUGGAAAGCUUGAAGCUAAUCACGUUGUUCAUAAUUGUUGGAUUUGGACUAAUUGUACUACUAACUGAAUUCCUUGUGAAAGGUGUCAAGCGUGGUGUGAUAGUUGGAUGGAUUUGUCUCAUCUUUUCUUUGUGCGUUUUCGUUGCACCUUUGGGUGUCGUGAGACAAGUUAUCAAGACAAAAAGUGUCGAAUACAUGCCAAUUCUUCUAUCACUAGCCCUCACACUCAGUGCCGUUAUGUGGUUCUUCUAUGGGCUACUUCUUGGAGACUAUAACAUUGCGAUUCCAAACACACUUGGGUUCACCUUCGGUAUCAUUCAAAUUAUACUUUACUUUAUAUACAAGAACAAGAAGCCAAUCAUCGACGAUAAAAUCACAGAAUUUAAAGAAAGAAUGAGCUCAAUCGAUGAACCAAGAGUCCCGGAAGUUAAAGAUCAUAACACAAUCGAUAUGGUGAAGCUAAACGCGCUCAUACGCUCAGAAAACGUUGCAAAUAAUCAAAACGGUGGAGUUGUUCGUAGUCCAAUUGUGGCUAAUCACACCGUUGAAGUCGCCGCUUGAGAUUGAAUCCUAAAAUUGAUUAUUUUGGUUUGAUGUCAAGUGUACCUAGCUUCUCUCUAUAAAUAAUUGUACACUUCUUCAUUUACAAGUUUUUAAUUACCUUAAUUAGUUGUUUUCCUUAUACUGUUUUUCCUUCAAUUCCUAGCUAACAUAAACUUGAUCGAUCUUAUUGUAUUGUUUUUAGUAGUAAGAACAUGGCCUAUUAUUGGUAUAAUGAAAUUUGAUUUCAAAUAUUUAAUAAUAUGCAGCUCUUUAUGUA